AUGGCGGACGCUGCAGCGGACCCCACUGCCAAGCUGACCGAGUCGACGGCCAAGCUUCAGCUCGAUGAGGAGACGGGCGAGAUGGUCAGCAAGGGCGAGCUGAAGAAGAGAAUGGCGAAGCGAGCAAAGAAGGCCGCCUCGGAGAAGGCUAAAGCCGCCAAGGAUGCUGUCGCAAAGGCCGUCGGUGCCGGUGACAGCAAGCCUGCGCCCAAGCCCAAGGCGAAGCCUGAGGAGGUUGUUAUGGAUCCCGAGGCCAUGUUCAAGCAGGGCUUCCUCCAGGAGGUCUACAAGGAGAGGCCGUCGGAGAAUGUCGUGACGCGAUUCCCUCCUGAGCCCAACGGCUACUUGCACAUUGGCCAUGCCAAGGCCAUUGCCGUCAACUUUGGUUUCGCAAAGUACCACGGUGGUGUUUGCUACCUGAGGUACGACGACACGAACCCCGAGAAGGAGGAGGAGAGGUACUUCACUGCCAUCGAGGAGAUGGUGAGGUGGCUGGGCUUUACCCCCUACAAGAUCACCUACUCCAGCGACAACUUCCAGAAGCUGUACGACCUGGCCGAGAAGAUGAUUACGCUGGAGAAGGCCUACGUCUGCUACUGUGGAGACACCGAGAUCAAGCUUCAGCGCGGCGGCGAGAAGGGCGCCUCCCCUCGAUUCCGAUGCGAGCACGCCAACCACACCGUCGAGGAGAACCUCCAGAAAUUCAGAGACAUGAAGGACGGGAAAUACAAGCCCAGGGAGGCUUUUUUGCGCAUGAAGCAGGACAUCACCGACGGUAACCCCCAGAUGUGGGACUUGGCGGCAUACCGCAUCAAGACGGACACGCCGCACCACCGCACCGGCUGGGACUGGAAGAUCUACCCGACGUACGACUUCACGCACUGCCUGUGCGAUAGCUUCGAGGGCAUCACGCAUUCCCUGUGCACGACCGAGUUCGUCCAGAGCCGCGUCUCGUACGAGUGGCUGAACAAGACGCUUGGCGUCUACGAGCCCAUGCAGCGCGAGUACGGCCGCCUGGGCAUCACCGGCACCGUGCUUUCCAAGAGGAAGAUUCUCAAGCUAGUCGAGGAGAAGAUCGUCCGUGGCUGGGACGACCCCCGUCUGUACACGCUCAUCGGCAUCAAGCGCCGCGGCGUGCCUCCUCGGGCCAUCCUCGACUUCGUCAACGAGCUCGGUGUCACCACCUCCGUCUCCGUCAUCCAGAUCAAGCGCUUCGAGCAGACGGUGCGUAAGUACCUCGAGCGCACCGUGCCCAGACUGAUGAUGGUGCUGGACCCCAUCCGCGUCGUCAUCGAGGAUGCCGAGCCCGCCGACGUCGAGCUGGCCUUCUCGCCCAAGGACCCCAACAUGGGAUCGCACACCAUCAAGUUCACGCCCACCGUGUACAUCGACCGAGCCGACUUCAGAGAGGUCGACAGCAAGGACUACUUCCGUCUCGCCCCCAACAAGACGGUCGGUCUUCUCAACGCCCCCUUCCCGAUCAAGGCCACUUCGUACACCAAGGACGAGACCACGGGCAAGGUGACGGAGAUCCGCGCCGUCUUCGACAAGGAGACGAAGAAGCCCAAGGCCUACAUCAACUGGGUCGGCACCGAGGGCUCCAAGAAGGUUGAGGCGCGCAUCCACAACUCAUUGUUCAAGAGCGAGAAGCCCGACGACGCUGAGGGUGGUUUCCUGAACGACAUCAACCCCGAGAGCGAGGUCAUCUACCCCGACGCGCUCAUCGAGAGCGGCUUCGACGAGGUCAAGCGUCGCGCGCCGUGGCCCGAGGCCGCCGGCGAGAGCGAGCUGGGCAUGGGCGGGCCGGAGAGCGUGCGCUUCCAGGCUACUCGUGUCGCCUACUUUGCCGUUGAUUCCGACAGCACCGACGACAAGAUCAUCCUCAACCGUAUCGUUUCGCUGAAGGAGGAUGCUGGAAAGGUCUGA